UUGCGUUGCGUUGCGUGCGCGGCCCCGCGGGCGGCAGGACCCGGAUCGGCGGCGGCGGCGGCGGGAGGAGGAGGAGGAGGAGCUGGAGCGGGGCCCGCGGGGCCCUCGGCCGCCAUCACGGAUUUCCUGUGGGACAAGCGCACCGGGCUGGCUGCGAGGACGAUGCCUCACUCCCGAAGGUACCGCUCGUCAGAGCGCAGCAGCCGCGGGAGUUACCACGAGCGCUACCGGAGCCGCAAGCACAAGCGGCGGCGGACGCGGUCGCGGUCGAGCAGCAGUGAGCGGGACCGGCGGCACCGGAGGGAGGACAGCUACCACGUCCGAUCCCGGAGCUACGACGACCACUCGGCAGACCGGCGGGCCUACGACCGGCGUUACUGUGACAGCUACCGGCGCAACGACUACAGCCGCGAGCGGGGCGGGGACGGCUACUACGAGCCCGAGUACCGCCACUCCUACGAGUACCGGCGCUCCCGGGACCGCGAGGGCAGCUACCGCAGCUGCAAAAGCAGCCGGCGUAAGCACAGGCGGAGGCGGCGCCGCAGCCGGUCCUUUAGCCGCUCCUCAUCGCGGAGUCGACAGAGCAGCAGAAGGGCCAAGAGUGUGGAGGACGACGACGAGGGGCAUCUGAUCUAUCGCGUCGGCGACUGGCUACAAGAAAGAUAUGAGAUUAUCAGCACGCUGGGGGAAGGCACGUUCGGCAGGGUGGUGCAGUGCAUGGAUCACCGGAGGGGUGGUGCACGUGUUGCUCUCAAAAUCAUUAAAAACGUAGAGAAAUACAAAGAGGCUGCUCGGCUGGAAAUCAACGUGCUGGAGAAAAUCAACGAGAAGGAUCCCGAGAACACAAAUCUCUGUGUCAGGAUGUUUGACUGGUUUGACUACCAUGGCCACAUGUGCAUCUCCUUUGAGCUGCUGGGGCUCAGCACCUUUGACUUCCUGAAGGACAACAACUACCUGCCUUACCCCAUCCACCAAGUACGGCACAUGGCCUUCCAGGUGUGCCAGGCUGUGAAGUUUCUGCACGACAAUAAACUCACCCACACCGACCUCAAGCCGGAGAACAUCCUCUUUGUGAACUCGGACUAUGAGCUCUCCUACAACCUGGAAAAGAAGCGGGACGAGCGGAGCGUGAAGAGCACGGCCAUCAGGGUGGUGGACUUUGGCAGCGCCACCUUUGACCACGAGCACCACAGCACCAUUGUCUCCACCAGGCACUACCGGGCCCCUGAAGUCAUCCUGGAGCUUGGCUGGAGCCAGCCCUGUGAUGUGUGGAGCAUUGGCUGCAUCAUCUUUGAGUAUUAUGUGGGUUUCACCCUGUUCCAGACACACGACAACCGGGAGCACCUGGCCAUGAUGGAGAGGAUCCUGGGGCCAAUUCCUUCUCGGAUGGUCAGGAAGACGAGGAAACAGAAGUAUUUCUACCACGGGCGCCUGGACUGGGACGAGAACACCUCGGCCGGACGCUACGUCCGGGAGAACUGCAAACCCCUGCGGCGCUACCUGACGUCGGAGGCCGAGGACCACCACCGCCUGUUCGACCUCAUCGAGAGCAUGCUGGAGUACGAGCCGUCCAAGCGGGUCACCCUGGCCGAGGCCCUCAAACACCCCUUCUUCGACCUGCUGGGCAUGGAGCCCAGCACAAAACUGUGGGACUCGAGCCGGGACAUCAGCCGGUGACGCCGCCGGCGCCAGCCAGCCUUUGCAUUCUAGCCCCCGUGGAGGCCCCCCGUGACUUCUUAUCCAGACACUUGGUGCUUUUUUUUUUUUCUUUUUUUUUAUAUAUAUACAUGAGAAGAACUCCCCUUUGUAAAGCUGUUAAUAUGUGAGAUACUGUAAAUAGCCCUGUCGGCCUCGGGGCAGCGCGGGCCCAACCUGCUGUUCCAUGAGGUGAGGGGGGGCCUGUGUGUCCAUGCUGUAAAUACCUCUCUCGUCAAAGUGUUGCUUUGUCUCCUGUUCCUGCCCUCCCUCGGUGUAAAUACUCCAGGAAUCGCAGCUCUCUGUAGCUUAUCUGUUCCCUUGUAAGUUAUGGAACUGGUGGGACUGCAUGGGAAUUAUUUUUUGGAUCAAUGUCAUAGCCCAUCCCCACACCAGAGUUUUAUAAGAAUUUUGUACAGUCUUUGUGACAAAUAAAUAUGAAGUGAA